CGGGUUCGAGUCUCACCCGCGACUCGGUCUCACAGUUGUGCUCUGUUUCCUCGUUAUUUCAGUCGUGGAUGAGGAUGAAACGUUUAAUGCGUGCGGCCAAAGUCACAGUAGAAUUCCAGCUUCUAGAUGGUAUCAAUCAAAUGGUUAUAGGAUUCCAAAAUUCUAUAUAAAUACGGAGAAUUCCGAGCAUUUUGUGUUUCGACAUUGAUUCAGAAAAAAGAGGAGAAAAUGAGUGUGGUCGGAAUUGAAUUGCCCAUGAGCAAAGGCUAUAAUAACAGUCCCUGUAACAUAGCCUCCAUGAGUGCCCCUUCAAGCCCAGGGCGUUUUCACAGUGGGUUCUUCUUCAGUGCCCCACCCAGCCGCCAUGGCUCACCUUCUCGCCAAUUGGGUCACCCCCAAGAGGGUCAAAUCUCAACAGAUUUCAGCUCUGAGUUUGAAUUCAGUGCCCUAAGCAUUGAUUGUGAAGACCCAGUUGUUACUGCCGAUGAGCUCUUCUUUAAUGGCCGGAUUCGGCCCAUGGGGGCACUGAAUCAGCAGGAAACAGAGUCCUCUGGCUCCCAUGGGGCAGAGGGUAUCAGGGGAAGAGGGGUACAGAAAGAUGGGUCUCUGCGCAGGCGCACCAGAUCCCUCUCUCCUCUCAGAAACCCAUUUCUGCAAGAAACAUCAGAGGCCUGUAAAUCAGAGGACAUUGAAGAACAGAAGUCCCAGAGUAUUGCUGGUUCUGGUAGUAAAAAGGGGAGAUCCGGAUCAAAGCGGUGGAUUAGUCUCAAGGAUUUUCUGUACAGGAGUAAGAGUGAGGGCAGUGGGCAAACCCAACACAAGCACUGGGCUCUCUCCUUCUCCAGUAGCCCUUCCAAGCAGCAGCAAUCAUGCCCUAGUAAGGCCUCUAAAUCCAAGACUGUUAAGAGCAAAGUUGUUUCUGAUUUGAGUUCUGCUAAUCAGAGUAAGAGACAUGGUAAGGUUCCAGUCUCUGCACAUGAGCUUCUUUAUACUGCAAAAAGGGCCCAGGCUGAAGAGCAGAGACACAAGACAUUCUUGCCCUACAGACAGGGGCUGUUUGGGUUUGUGGGUUUCACUUCCAAGAACUGAGCCUGAAUCUCUGCAACCUGGUCUCUCACAAAUUGUUAUUAAAUUUCUGUGACUUUUUUUUGAUGUUUGGGGUAAAUCUAUUUCAUGGGAGUUGUGAAUUGGUGAGGUUGCAAAUGGGAUCUUUGUUGUCUUCAACAUGAAUGCGUUCAACAAUAAGAUCUCAAUAGGAGUUUGAUCAUCAAUAUGAUUUGUAUUCAUAUUCUUUAUUAUUUAUGCCUUCUGUAGAUACAGUCGUCCAAUAAAUGGGUUCUAAGAGUCCUGAUUCCAAAAUUUGGGAAAAAAAUACAAAUUUUAAAACUUCAAAAGAUAAUCUGUUGUUCAUUGAAAUUUGAUGAUGGGUUUUCUUUAAUGGGGUGUUUCUAUGAUUCGACGUUUGGGGUAAACCCAUUUGAUGUUAGUUAUAGAACGGUGAGGUUUCAUAUGGGAUCUUAUCUCUUCUCUCCAACAUGAUCGCUCAUCAAUAACACCUUACCAGUAGUUUGAUCAUCAAUAUUCUUUAUUCUUUCUGCUAGAUACACCCUUGUAAUAAAUGGGCUUCAGAGUUCUAAUUCCAAAAUUCGAAAAAAAACACAAAUUUUAAAACUUCAAAUGAUUAGUUGUUGUUCA